UGCCAUUGGAUGAAGAGAUCUGAGAUGAAUAAAACGUAUGGAGGCACAUGUGUCAAUCAUCGAUUAUCCAAUCGCGUCACUGUAAGUCGAAGGUCAAGAGCGAAGCAGCAUGGCCGCUCUAUUAAGGGGCUCGCGGUGUCUAAUAGGAAAGUGUCAUAACCAUGUCAGCGCCGUGCAGGUCUCCAUCAGGUCCAUGGCCUCUAAAACCCAGGUGGGCUUCAUUGGCCUGGGGAACAUGGGAAACCCAAUGGCAAAGAACCUCAUAAAACACGGAUAUCCAGUAAUAGCCUCAGAUGUAUUUCCAGAGUCCUGCAAAGAGUUACAGGAGCUUGGAGCUCAGAUCCUGGAUAACCCUGCGGAUGUGGCGGACAAGGCCGAUCGUAUCAUCACAAUGCUUCCCUCCAGCCCCAAUGUUAUAGAUGUGUAUACAGGCGCAAAUGGUAUUCUGAAGAAAGUGAAGAAGGGAUCCCUACUCAUUGAUUCCAGCACUAUUGAUCCAGCUGUCUCCAAGGAGAUGGCAGUUGCUGCAGAGAAAAUGGGAGCUGUUUUCAUGGAUGCCCCAGUGUCUGGAGGUGUUGGUGCUGCCAAUUCAGGCAAGCUCACGUUCAUGGUGGGUGGGCCAGAGGCGGAGUUCAAUGCAGCCAAGGAGCUUCUGACCUGUAUGGGCGCUAAUGUGGUGUACUGUGGCCAAGUUGGCACUGGACAGGCAGCUAAAAUCUGCAACAAUAUGCUGCUGGCCAUCGGGAUGAUUGGAACAGCAGAGACCAUGAACUUGGGAAUCAGAUUAGGGCUUGACCCGAAGCUUCUUGCAAAGAUCUUGAACAUGAGCUCUGGCCGCUGCUGGUCAAGUGACACAUACAACCCUGUCCCGGGAGUGAUGGAGGGAGUGCCCUCAGCAAACAACUACCAGGGUGGCUUUGGAACUACACUAAUGGCCAAGGAUCUGGGACUUGCUCAGAAUACAGCAACCAACACAAAGACCCCAGUGCCGUUGGGCUCUCUGGCCCAUCAGAUUUACCGUAUGAUGUGCGCACGCGGCUACGCCAGCAAAGACUUCUCAUCUGUCUUCCAGUUCCUUCGAGAAGAGGAGGGCCAGUAGAAGUCAACACUCUCUGCCCCUUCCACAGCCUUACCCAGCACUACCUGCCUUGCACAUGACCUGACUUGCAAAACUUUGACCCAACUAUGUGAUUUCAUUGGCAUGCAUGUGCUGGGAGCCAUGAAUGAAUGAGUGAGUGAAUGAAUACAUGUGUAGAUUGAAUGUUAAAUGGAAAGAUUUGUUUGUUUUGUUUUGUGUGAGUAGCGUUUGAGGCUGUAAGUUCCUGUUGGAAUCAUGUUACUUGUAUGGGCCCACCCAUGUACAAUUAGUAGUCCACCAAUCAAUUAAUGAGAUGCUGUGAAUUGAAGUUUUGUUCUGACUUUUUCUCGCCUUUGCGGGCUGUUCUGUAGGCAAACGAAAGAUUAAAAACAUAUCAUUUCAUUCUCAAAAACUCAGAAGACUCUGAUCAGCCAUUACACUCCUUAAAGUUUUCUGAUAGUUAACAGGUUUGCAUAUGUACAAUUUUAGUUUUUAUGGUCUUUUGGGGUUGGCUACUCUUGGUAAUUGUUAACGGUGUUGGAUCUACAUGUUGUAUUCAUGUAAAUUUUAAACACCUGGAAAUUAAAUCAGGAAAUAUCUGUUGAUUUGAUGUAAGCCUGUGGCGUGUUGAAACAUGAAUACACACUAAUAUAACACCAAUGUUUAAUUUAUACAUAAAAUCUAAUGGUUUUAAAAACCUGAAAACUGAAGUGGCAUCGUCAGUGUACUAAGCCAGGUUUACAGUUGUAUAGGUAAUCCUAAUGAAUGUAGCUAAUCAGUUGAAAGUGAUGCAACAUGGCACAUAUUAUAUCUGGUCUCCUCCCUCUCCUCAAGGUCACACACACAGAGGAAUGUCUUUUGAUGCUUCUUUAUGAAGCCUCACCUUGAAUUCAGUGGCACGUAACAUGCACAUUGCACAAUAAAAAUGAGUCAUCAACACUACGGAUCUUUUGCACAUCAAGGAUAUUGUAAUAUUUUAGUCUCAUGUUCUCAUUGUUUGACUCGAGUGGAUAAUUCACCCAAAAAUAAAACUUAUGUCAUUAUUCACUCAC